CAUCCAAGGGUUAAUGUGAAUCAUCGUUGCCAGCGAAAGUGUACGCGUAUGUGUAUGUACAUCAAAACAAAUCAGCUCGUAGAACGAAACGCACGUACUUUCACCAUAUGGAGCUGGAACAGGCAUUUGUUCAGCUUUCGACCAAGUUCCUCUUUCUGAACGGUGGCAGCCAGAUUGCAGACUAUCGAAAUGAGAUCAACACACUGCUGAACGAGCUGAACGGGCUCAACUAUCGUGCGGCAAGGAUCGGCGAUGUGCGCUCUCCCGUCCGGCUGAUGGAAUCGUUCGUCAACAUUCCCCCGCACGAAGAUACGCUGGUGGUGAAGGCAUGCUUUCUCAUCAAAUCACUCGUUGGUCGGCAGAAAAUCGUUCUACCGGAACCGGCAGCCCUGGGGUUGAUUGUGUGGUUGCGCAAGUGUCUCGAGCGACGGUUCUAUCAGGUGGCCUGUGAGGCGCUUGGUACGAUGCAGUUGCUUUUCCGCCGAUGCAGCGAUAUUUCCAAGCUUCUUGACUUUUUCAUAUCAAACAACGGAAUUCUAGUCAACGUGCUCACUGAUCCGGACUAUCGGCGAGUAGAACCGAAGACGGUCUCUUCCACCCUCGUCGAUCAAUGUAGCACGAGUGAGCUUUACCUGGCAGCUUUGCUUUGUCUGGAGUCAAUCCUGAUCUGCUCCGAACUGCUCGGUGCUGAAGUGCUCGAACCAUACCUUCCGGUCGUAGGAAAUGCGGUGUUGGAUUUAAUAUUCAAAGCACGGACGGAGUCCUUCACCGAACUCGCCUACUACAGUCUGGCAACGGCGGCAGUAAACUGUCUCAGGAUUGUAGUUACGCUCGAUGAGUCGGGUGGUGAGUGGACCAAUGCGCAGCUUGGACGACUGAUUGGAGUGUCCAAAGCGUUCAUGAUGUACGGUAUACCGGAUGUGGGGAAGUUACUACCCCAACGGGUGCCGGUAUCGCAACAAGGCAUCCCCGAACCGCAACACAUACCGAUUAGCAAGGGAGGCAAGACGGCCAAGACGCGUAAAACGCGAACUCAUCCCAAGAACAAACGUGGCGGUGGGGCAAGAAACAGUGGGACAGGAAAUCGAGAGAAACAACCGUCCGAUGGUGAUAUCAACCGGCAACCGUAUUCGGAGGCAAGCAUCGUGUUGGAAUGGUCCUCCAAGUGUCAACCACCGUUAGCUGGAUGCUAUCAAACGAGCGAUUCGGAUUACUCCGAAACCGAAGCGACCUCUUCCCGGGCACAGAUCGAGCGACACCGUUCCGCAAAGCUGCGGCAGGCCGCACUGGUGCUGAUCGGAACGCUAGCACAGCACGUCGAGAAGCGCAUCAUGUUCGGCUACUGGCAUGCACUGUUUCCCGAUGAAACUCGCACACCCGCCACAGUGUCGCUGCUGAACUGUGUGCUGCGGGACCCAUCGCCCAAGUGUCGCAUAGCGGCCAUCCAAGCAACCUCGUUUCUGCUCUACAAAUCAAAACCGUUCCUUAUACAGGCCGAAAGUAGCAAGAAACCGCUCGUAUCGUUUACACCGUUUUCCGUUACGCUCGGCAACAUGGUGAUUGAAAUGUACGCCAUGCUGACGCAAGCCCUCACGCUCGAGAGUGACCUCACCGUGCUGACGCAGCUGCUGAAGGGUCUUACGGUGUUCAUCCAGGCGACUCCGUUUCAUCGUUUGCGGGUCGGAAUUGCGAGCCGGUUCGUGAAGAUAGUGCGGCCAUUGGUGCGGCACCGCGAUCCAACGAUAAAAGUGGCCGCCCUGAUGGUGAUGGGUUUUCUGAUUUCCGUGGCGGACAUGACGGAAGAGAUUGCCGGGUUGGUGGGAAUCAAGAGGCUGGCAAAGGCACCGACCGGCAACGUGGCACGCAGUAAACCGGUUGCAAAGGCAUUUGAUCUUGAGGUAAAUCAAGAGGAGCACGAGGAAGAGGAAGCACAGGAUUCUGAGCCAGAGGAAGAGGAACCCUCGGAAGCGAAACAAGAUGAUACGCCGAACGAAAACACUGACGGAGGAGGAAGCAGCAUGUCCUGGUUGCUACAGGUUACGUUGGAAAAUUUGGGAGUAAAUGGCGUCGCCUGCUCAGUGAUGCCCGUUCGCAUGGAAUGUCUUCAGGUGCUGUGUGCAAUGAGCAGCCAUUUCUCACUGCUUGCUGACCAUCUUCCAAUGGUAGCACAGGCGUUGGUGAAUGCGUUCGGGGAUCCAUUGUCCGAAAUUAAGCUGUAUGCUGGUCGUUUGCUGGACCUGCUGGGACAUGCCUUACACACGGCACUUCUGUUAGAAGAUAAAAUCGACCCGGAACUGUUGGAUGUGGCACUUCAAUUCUGGACCACCAUCAUGCCCACUGUGACGGAGCAGAUACAGGAUGUGUAUCUUAUAGCCACGCUACGCUCCGUGUGCUGUGACGCACUUGGAAACAUCGGUGUCCAUGUGUACGAAAAGUUCCCGAGAGAUCGACAACUCGCCCUGAUUUCACUAUUAACUGGAUGCACUUUUGACGAUGAUAGUGCCGUAUCGUCGGCGGCAGCACGCACCCUCUCGGUGUACAUUCUGUUUCCCUCCCUGCGGGACGAUGUGUGCUAUGUGGAAAACACAAUCGAAUCGAUCUUGAGGAUAAUGCGCGACCCGAACCUAACGGCCCGCAUCAAAACAAGCUGGUCGCUUGGUAACGCCACCGAUGCGUUGAUACUGAAUCAGCAGCAUCAUCUUCAGCACGAAUCAACCGCGCUGGAGGAUAGUUCCGUCAUGAUCAGUGACGACAUGAUGCGACGAACGUUAGAGGUGGCACUGGAAUCCGCAAAGGAUAACGAUAAGGUUCGCAGCAACGCUGUACGCACGAUCGGCAAUGUGCUGCACUUGUUGCGCCCCGCGCAGCUUGAACAACCGGCAUGGACCAGUCUGUAUCAGGAGGCGAUCGAACGAUUGAUACAGAACGUAACCGUUUCCAGCACGGUCAACGUGAAGGUGAAAUGGAACGCCUGUUACGCGCUGGGGAAUAUGAUGAAAAAUGAAACCGUCUUCCUGCCCGGUGCAGGCGGCGGAAGCUGGGAACGCCGAGUGUUUCCUGCGCUCUGUGAAACGGUCGUCAGUUCACCCAACUUUAAGGUACGCAUCAAUGCUGCCCAAGCACUUUCGGUCAUUGGCAGGCGAGCGCACUAUGGUGCGUUUUUCCACCAGACCUGGGCGGCUCUGCUGCAGGCACUGGAGCAGUCGGACAAUUUGGUAGAUUACAACGAGUACAAGCGAAGGGACUCGCUGCAGGAACAGUUGUGCCUUUCGCUGGCGCAUCUAUUGCGCCUGGCGACGAGGGAAGAUGUGGUAUCGAUGGCAACGGUGCUAUUACCGCUGUACGAUGCCGUACGGGGGAACUGGGUGCGUGUGAUAAGUCGCAUACUGCCGGAAAAAAGUGCCGUGCUGUUGGAGUCCUAUCGUGUGCUGAUGGAGUUGCGCAAGGGCAAAGCUGAAGGUGAACCGGUGCCCGCAUCGUCGUGGGACUUGCUGCUAAAAUGUUUCCAAGAUUCGGACGUUUGUUAAGGGGAGACUUAGAAAGGCAAUCAACUUUGUGAGAUGUUUUUCCAAA